AUGCCCUUUCCGAGCCGUGGAUGUCAUACAUGCAAGAAGCGACGUGUAAAGGCAGGUCUUAAAGAUAUCUCAUUAUCAUUCAUUGGUCUGGAGACUUACAAAAAUAACAUAGGCUAUAGUGGUAUUGAAAGAUAUGAGUUCUUGAACGAAAACGAGGCAGCGAGUGGUAAGAUAAAACGACCCCGAGGUCCCAACCUGCGACGGUCAAUACAACUACGUUCAUCAUUUCAAUCUCCCGCACCGGAAGAACAGAAAAGACAUGUCAAUAGGACGAUAGAUGAAGCCAAUUUGAUCGAACUUUCAAGCAUUCUACAUGUCACUGUUCUCUUCUCAUCGCCGCGACCUCCUCCCACAACACCCCUACAAGAACAAGUUAUUGCCUACUAUACAAGACAGUUUGUCGAGGCACCCGAAAAAAUGUUUAAUAACCAUAAUAGCCGUAUUGACUGCUGUGUCGAUUCUUUCGAGCACUCCUCAAUUUUCAGCCUUGCAUCAUCAACAAUUCGCCGGCAUCCUUCUUGGCCUAUUACAUCACCGGAACGAGCAUAUCAUACCAGAUCUACCCGCUCCACAUUACAACUCGCUAUUCUUGCGAUUGCCCACACGACUUUCGGGCGAUCAACAAAGAAUGUUGCUGCUUUAACGAUUGGGAGUAAGAUAUACUCCCAAGCCCUAGCGGCGACGAACCUAGCGCUGAGAAGCUCAGAGAGAGUCGUGAUGGAUGGAAUCAUUCUUACCGUUCUGCUUUUAAGUCAUUUUGAGAAUUCGAUGACCCAAAAAGCCCAAUUCAUCACCGAGGACAUCAAAAUUAUAGCUGCGAAGGCUUUUAACCACCAUGAUGGCGCGAUCGCAAUUUUAAAUUUACGACUGCAACGUCAGCAGGAGCAAUAUCGACCGCUCUGUUCAAUUCUUCCAACCCAUACGAGCAACUCCAGCACCUCUCAUGAGAACGCUGGAUCGGAAUUAGACAAGAUUACAAGACGACACUUGGUUCGUUCGCUCUUGCUCAGGAGCAUGCCGAUACCAAGUUGGUUGAAGAAUGGAAGUAUCUUUGGGGAGAUAGGCUCAAGUUUAGUUCUUGAUCAGUGUUUGAUUGAAGUUGCCGAUUUGAGAUAUUGUGUGAACCACAUUUCUAUUGGUCUUGACGAUAUUCCUGCAAGUGAAAGUGGGCGGAUUGCUACAAAGAUGCGCGGCGUAUUGGUACUAGCACAAGAGUUAGAGAUGAAAUUGGUCAAAUGGGCUAAGGAGAUACCGAUGGUGGAUUAUUGGAGUACUUUCCAAGUAAGAGAUGAUGAUGAUGACGAGCCGGGCGCAAAUGAUAUAUUUGAUCAAACAGUUCAUCUAUAUCCCUCGAUUAGCCAUGCUGCAAUGUGGGCUCAAUAUCGUGCUAUCCGUCUUCACGUAAAUGAAAUCAUACUGAAAGUCUUUCACCGCGAAAUAGAGUCUUCAAAUCCUGACACCAAGUUCUAUAAAGAUAUCGUUAGACUGAAUAUGGAGAAACUAGCUCUGGACUUCUGCGCGAGUCUACCGUUUGUUCUGGGAUGGGUUGAACUUGGAGAGAUAGGUAUGAAAAUGAUACGCAAGGGACGAAGGAAUGCAGUUAGAGCUAGCACGGCUAGUUUGUUUUGCUGGCCAUUGACUGUCUCAACAAUGAUUUCUGAGAUUCCAGAUCAACAUAGAACCUAUCUGAAGAGCCGUUUACGAGAUAUAAGUGAACUUGUCGAUGAUGGGGUUUUGGAGACAAUUGCUCAUUUAUGA